GCUCUCAUCAGUGAUCUUGUUUUUUUCUUUCUUUACCUAGUUAUAAAUGCCACCUCUGUUCACUUCAUUUCUGCUUUUCCUUCACUGUUUCUCUCUCUCUCUCUCUCUCUCUCUCUCUCUCUGGUUUCCUCCAUUGCAAACCAAGUUUCCUUUCCAGCUUUCUGAAAGGUCCCUCUGUCUUCUCUCCACAUGCACACAAAGACCCACCAACCAUUUUUUACCCAUUUUAUCUUUUUUAAGACCCUAUAAUCACCCUCGUUUAUGUUUCUACCCCCUCUCUCUACACAUUUUGCCUUGAAAGAUUAGAUUUUUGUCUGUCUUUCUUUGCCAUUUCUUUUUUUAUCAUUCACAAAAUUCUUCUUCUUCUUCUUCUUCUGUUUUGGCCCACUGGAGGCCACAACUUGUGCUUCUAAACUACUACUGCCUUUUCUUGGUUACUGGGUUUUGGGUGAUUUGUGUUAUUUCAGGUCUACAUUGGCCUAUCUAUGCUUAUUGAGUCUCACUUGCCUAAAAAAAGAGAAGCCCUUUCUUUGCUUUUGUGGGUGCUCAAGGAAGAAGAUCAAGGGGGUUAGCUUUCACACUCAGAUCACUGCAAAGUGCAGGUAGAUAUCUUUUAAUCUCUUGGUAUAAAGUAAGAUCGGCAAUACAGACUGUUGUGUUUUCUGGAGAACCAGGGAUGUCAUCUGAGAGUUUAAAUGCUGAAUUAUCAAAGAAGACAUCAGUUUUGGGUUUGAAACUAUGGGUUUUAAUAGGAAUAUCUGUAGGAGUGUUUAUAAUUUCGAUUCUUUGUGUCUUAUCUGUAUGGAUUACAUUUCAGAGGAAAUCUAGGAGAUCAGUGGACAAAUACUGCCAUUCCAAAAUACCAAAUGUAUCGAAAGAUAUUAAGAUUGACAAGGUUGGGGUUCAAAAUCCCAUUCAUCACCAUGAAAGUGCAUUUCUCACGAUCAAUGAUAAAUCGAGUGACAAGAAUUCAGAUAAAAUGCUAGCUCAUUUGGGAAUGAGCAAAUCUAGUGAUCCUGACAUUGCCAGCCAAAGCAGCUCGAUUUAUCACAACGAGAGGGCCUGUAGUUCACAUUCUGGGGAAGAAGGAAGCUCUGGGACUGUUCGGAAGCAAUCUUCAUUAUCAUAUGCAGGACUUGUCACGGCCUCUCCCUUAAUUGGCUUGCCAGAAAUUUCACACCUUGGAUGGGGCCACUGGUUUACACUUAGGGAUCUUGAGUUUGCUACAAAUCGUUUUGCAGCAGAGAAUGUGCUUGGUGAGGGUGGAUAUGGGGUUGUUUACAAGGGUAGACUAAUAAAUGGAACUGAGGUAGCGGUAAAGAAGCUUCUUAACAACCUGGGACAGGCAGAGAAGGAAUUUAGGGUUGAAGUGGAGGCUAUUGGUCAUGUUCGACAUAAGAAUCUUGUACGGCUUCUUGGCUACUGCAUCGAAGGAGUUCACAGGAUGCUGGUGUAUGAAUAUGUGAAUAAUGGGAACUUAGAACAAUGGCUGCAUGGGGCAAUGCAACAUCAUGGUAUGCUUACUUGGGAGGCACGCAUGAAGGUCCUUCUGGGUACUGCUAAGGCGCUUGCUUAUUUGCAUGAAGCAAUAGAACCAAAGGUUGUUCACCGAGACAUAAAAUCCAGCAAUAUUUUGAUUGACAAUGAGUUUAAUGCCAAGGUCUCUGAUUUUGGAUUGGCCAAGCUCCUUGAUUCUGGAGAGAGUCAUAUCACUACAAGAGUUAUGGGUACAUUUGGUUAUGUUGCACCAGAAUAUGCUAAUACGGGCAUGUUAAAUGAGAAGAGUGACAUUUAUAGCUUUGGAGUCCUGCUACUAGAAUCAGUUACUGGAAGGGACCCUGUGGACCAUGGCAGACCUGCUAACGAGGUUAAUCUUGUUGAGUGGUUAAAAAUGAUGGUUGGGACAAGAAGAUCUGAGGAAGUUGUGGAUCCAAAUCUUGAAGUUAAACCAACAACGCGUGCUUUAAAACGUGCUCUUUUGGUUGCACUUAGGUGUGUCGAUCCUGAUGCAGAAAAGAGACCUAGAAUGACUCAAGUUGCAAGAAUGCUUGAAGCUGAUGAGUACCCUUCUCGUGAGGAUCGGAGGAACAGAAAGAGUCGUACAACUAGCAUGGAAAUCGAAUCCAUGAAGGACUCAACAGAAACUGAAAACAAGGUAGUGGAUCCAGAGAGCUGUUUAUCUGAGACAACUAACGGAUAGGAUUGACGAACAUGACCAGGGAGAAGGAUUGCCUUCUCAUGCAUUAAAUUAAAAGAUUUCAAUAACUCAUCGAUAAUUUACAACCUAGAUGUUUGUUUUCUUCCUGCAUGGAAGAGGUGGAGUGGAUCCAGUUUAGGUUAUCUUGAUAGGUUAUCUAGAUGUUUGGCUUCGUUCCACACUGCCUUCUUUGACACGCCAUUGGGGAGAGUGCUUUCAAUCCCGCAACAGUAGGUAACUUAGGAGAGAGAGAUGUACAGAUGUUUGCUGAUCCAUGGGCUUUCUUUUUUCAUUAUAAUGAUUAUAAUUAUUUAUGGUUCUUUUAA